UUGAUAAUCUAUUUUAACAGUGACAAAGACAGUAAACCGACUACAUCAUUCAUUCCAAAUAGCAAAGAGACAGAAAAUAUAGCAUACAACUCGUCAAACGAAUAUAAAACUGUCAUUACUGUGUUAGUUGUGGCUGCAAUUUUGUUCGCACUAGCUUUCAUCAUGAAGCGUGCGGUUUUCCUGGACAGGUCUCUUAGUGGCAGCAUAAAUGGACAUAUACAAUAUGAAAUUAUUAUGCGAGAAAACUUAGAAUUAAAGAAUAGGCUUGAUAAUCCAAUUCCAGAAAACAUCAAAGAACUACAGAAUUAUGAAAAGAAGCAGUGGCAAGAACGUUUGCAUCGAUUUGUUGAAACCGAGGCAUCCAAAGCGAUAUUGGAAAGCAUGAAGAAGGAUCAGUGUAUCCUUGUUACAGGACCACAAGGAAGUGGGAAGUCAUCUCUGGCAUUUCACGUAGCAUUAACUCUGGAGGAAACUGAGGAGUGCGAACUAUUGAUUGUUACAAACCCAGACGACAUAGUCAAAUAUGCAUCUAAAGAUAAGAAACAGAUAUUUGUAAUUGAUGAUAUAUUCGGAAAGUAUAGUGUUCAUGAUUAUGAUACUAUGUGGUGGAGUAAACAAGGUAAUUUGGUUCUUAAGCUUUUAGAUAGAAAUAAGGAUUUUAAGAUACUAGCAACUUGUAGGUCUUAUAUGUAUAAUUCCGUUGACAUUGUAACAGUGAAGUCAGCUUUUGUUCAUCUCAACCUUCUCGGAGAAGACUUACAGCUGACUGAAGACAAUCGUCGAAAAAUAGGAAAAUCAUAUUUAAAUGCAGAGAUAAUAGACCAAUUAGGCAAUGAAGUCAUUAUGAAGUUUAGAUUCUUUCCUACACUGUGCGCGAAAUAUUCACCCGAUACAAAAGAAAAUGCAGUAGAAUAUUUUUCAACACCGUAUAGUUAUGUCGCUGAAGAGAUCGAACAGUGCAAUAAAACGAAAGAUUUGCAUUAUUUUUCAUUAGCACUAAUGGUGAUUUCGAACAAUAAUGUAAAAAAAGAAAAACUUAUCCAGGAUAACAAUAAUCAGAAUCAAGAUAGACAUUUUAAUGAACUUAUCCAUGGUUUGGCAAAUGAAAUAGGUUAUACCCAAGUACCAUCAAAACAGCUAAUACUCUUUUGUCUAAAUGCCUUAGUUGGAUCUUAUUGCAUGGAAACGGAAGAUGGGUUUUCCUUUAUAAACGAAACUUUGGUGUAUAUAAUUGCACAUGUCAUGAGUCAACGUAUCCUACGAAGUUUACUGAAAUAUAGUAAGACGUCGUUUCUAAAGGAUAGAGUUCAGUUUUUGUCUCUGAAAGGACAUCCUCCAAAGUUGACAAUUAUGAUUCCACUAGUAUUAGAAAAAGCAUACUUUGACCGAAUCCUAAUCGAUAUAAAACAAGGGAUAUUCUGGGAUGUAAUAACGGAUACGCAGAAUGCCUUUCCACAAUUCAGAGAAGCGUUUAUUUCGUAUAUUAAAACAAUGUUAAAACGGAAUGACUUAAAGAACUCUGAUGAUGGUUCAACAGUUGUGCAUGCUGUAUCUUUAGAAGGUUAUGACGACUAUCUUACAUAUUUCUUACACUUUGACAAAUCAUUGGUUAACAAAGAAAAUAGAUCUGGUCAAAUUCCGUUGCAUCUGGCUUGUCUCAAGGGACAUAGUCAUACAGCAGAGUUAUUACUAAAGAAAGGAGCAUUUAUUGACAAAACGGAUAAAAAUGAAAAUACACCUUUAGAUUUGGCAUGCGCUGGUGGUCAUACAGAUACAGUAGCGGUUCUUUUGUCAAAGAGUGCUACAAUAAAACAACGAAUAAAAGAUCUAAAAACGGCAUUACACGUUGUUUGUAGUAAUGGAAAUAUACGCAUAGCUGAAAAAUUAUUGCAUGGAAAUGCAAAGGUUAAUAUAACGGAUACAUUUGGACACACUCCUUUACAUUUAGCUUCGAUGAAAGGAUGUGUUGAAAUUGUUGAACUGUUGAUUAAAAAUAAUGCUGAUAUCAAUCUUGCUGACAACAAAGGAAGAACUGCAAUAUAUUUAGCUUGUGAGCAUAAAUAUUGUAGAAUUGCUGAGCUCCUGUUAAAUAGCAGUGCUGACACCUGUAAAGAAAGUUUAGACGGAAAACGUCCAAUACAUAGCAGUUGUAGUGGUGGAUGUCUUGAAAUUGUUCAGCUGUUACUUUCAAACAAUGUUGACAUAAAUCAACGUGAUAGAACAGAAUCUACCCCACUCCACUGGGCUUGUAAAGGCGGUCAUGAUCUCAUAGUUAAAGUGUUAUUGGAGAAAAAUGCAGAUGUUAAUCUCAACAACAGAAGUAGAGAAACACCACUUCAUAUUGCUUGUAAUAAUGGUAAUGCCAAUAUGAUCAUUAGGAUGUUGUUAGAACACAAUGCAAUUGUAAAUUGCAAAAACCUAUAUAAGAAAACACCACUACAUUUGGCAUGUGAACGUGGUCUACAAGGCGUUGUUUCCCUUCUUCUGAAAAACAAUGCAAAUGCUAAUGCCAUAGAUAAAGAAUCAUGCACUCCACUCCAUCUUGCAUGUUUCGGUGGACAUGAAAAGGUUGUUGAAGAAUUGUGUGCGCACAAUGUCUCAAUUGAUAAAACAAAUAAAUAUGGUAUGACACCUCUCCAUAUUUGCUGUGAACAAGGCUAUUCGCACUUGAUAGAGAUUCUGUUACAAAACGGAGCUGACAUAAAUAAAAUAGAGAAUGAAGGCUUAACUCCGCUAUAUAUUGCCUGUCGCGAUAAAAAGAUAGACAUUAUUAAACUGUUAUUGUUAUUUGCUUCCAAGGUAAACGAAACGGAUAAGGAUGGAUUGACACCACUGUAUUUAGCAUGCAAAGAGAGUAACACAGAAAUGGCUCAAAUGUUAAUAGCAGAAGGUGCAAUCGUAAAUCAAGCUGAUAAACAUGGUAUAACACCAUUGCAUUUGACUGCUCAGGCAGGAAACACUAAUCUUACGAAACUGCUGCUUGAAAGUAAGGCAUCUGUAAAUAUGGCAGAGAAAUUAGGACAGACACCUCUUUUCAAGUCUGUAUCGUCUGUCCACAAGGAUGUUACUGAACUAUUGCUUAAAAAUGGUGCAUCUGUUAAUGCAUGUGACAAUUUUGGGAUGACUCCUACUGGAAUUGCUUUACAAAAAAGAGACAGGGAGGCGAUAAACCUGUUAGAACAUUACAAAGCUUAA